AUGUUGCACCAACAUCAAUCUGCGCAACAACCAUCAGCAAAUCAAUCUGCGCUUCAAUCUUCUAAAUUAGUUCGGCGGAAACGCUUACAGCAUUACAUCCGCCAAAUUAAACGCUUAAUUGCGGAAAGAAUACCACCGGUUGGUCCAGAAAAAAAACUAGGAACUAUCGAUGUACUCGACAAAGCCAUCGAAUUGUUACGAACGACGCCGCUAUAUGCUGAAAUUACUAAUCCUGGCCUUAGUCCACCUCAUUCUUGGCCUGAUUCACCGCUCGAUAGUAUAACACAUAUUAGCGAUGAUACCUGGGCACCAAACGUUGAUUUUACUCGCCGACAUAUUUUUUCUGCAAAUAUCAAUCUACCAGAUGGUCGAAUUACUGAUUUUCAGAAAGUAACUUCAAAGGAAAUUAGCAACAUUGAUGACGGCUUACAUUGUGGAUCAUCUUUUCUGGAUUUGUUAGCAGUUUAUGGGCGACAAGCAUUACUUGCUGGUGCAUAUAAUGGUUCUAUCGAGAAAAAGAAAAUUCUUACACGUCUUAUCGGCGGCAAUGGAGCUUUUGAAUUGCUAUGUGAAUAUAAGCGUUCCGAUCAUGGAAGUAUCGUAUCAACUCAUAUUCAUGCUCUAGAAUUAGAAAGCGCAUUUGGUCCAUCAAAAACAUUGAGUACAUUUGUAUUCUCGACCCGUCAUACAAGUUCAUGCUCACUUACUUACCUUGAUUCAUUAGCAGCCAAUUACAUUGGUUAUUUGCCAGGUGAAGUGAUCAAUCAUUCAAUAUUACAUCUUUUACAUCCAUAUGAUAUGGCACAAAUUAAACAGAUACAUGCAACUUUGAGCACUCAACGAAACGAAAUAGUCCGUCAACGUCGUCUAAGAUGGAUUGCAUUUAAUGGUAGUAUAAUUCACACAAAUUCGGAAUGGUUUGCACUUUGGAAUCCGUGGACUCAUAAAGUGGAUAGUGUAAUGGGACGACAUACCUUAAAUGAGCAACCGAUAGGAAAUGCGGAUGUGUUAGCUGAACCAUGUGCGCCACGUAUUAUUACUCCGUUGGAUGAGUUAACAAUACGCAAUAUUGAAUCUGAAAUUACUGCUAUACUGAAUAAAGAACCAAGAAUAGUGACAAAAGAUGAAAGGUACAAAGUGGCACCAAUUGCGCAUCAAAAGAACUCAAAUUCAGUUGUCUUAAAGUCAUCAAGUACACAUCUUGGCACUUACAUUGAUAAUCUUAUCGAAUCAUUCGUCGUAAAUGCCGGAAAUUCCGGAAAUAAGAAUUUGACACCAGUCGUUGUUGAUACUUGUCGAUCUCCAAUUAAUCCAACUGAUCUUUCCGCAACAAAUUCUUGUAACGCUAUCCCUUUGACAUACAAUCAGAUUAACUGCCUAGAAAAUGUACAUCGACUACUGAAAAGUCAACAUCAUGGAGGAGAUAUUGCUGUAACAUCAACCAUCGAAUCGACACCAGAAAAUGUUUCAUCACCAAAAUUACCACCAUCAGAGGAUUCAAAAAGUCCACUUCCUAUACCGGAACAAGAGGAUGACAAUAGGGUUAGUACCGAUACAGUAGCACCAGCUAUGCCUCUAACAAGAGAACUUCUGCAACAACAUACUCGAAAAUGGGAACAAGAAUAUCGUGAUACAUGGAAAAAACGACUUAAUUUGAAAAGACCCAUUCAGCAAACGGAGUUUGUUGUGCCGGUAUCAUCGAAAAUUUUCCGCGAAAGCAAUCACAGAUCAGCUAUAACACUAAAUGCACCAGCUACGCUACCUUUAUCUCGAUCUGAUUGUUGGCCAACCAUGAACAAAGAUGAUUAUUACAGAAGUCUUGGACCAAAUCCUCCUCCACCACCAGGCAAAAAUUUUCAAAUCACAUCAGUGCCAUUGCCGCCUCCGUUACCAAUUGAGGAACGUCGAUCUGCGUUUGUUCCGCUUCCUAGCACUACAUUUUCGAACACUUCAAAAUUACCUCGUGAUAUAUCACAACCGAUCAACUUAUCAUUGACAGGAAGUGUGCAGCAAGCACAUUCGGCAGUAGGAAUAACAACCGUAACAUCCGGUUCUGUCGAACGGCAUUUUCCAACACAACAACCACAACAACAGCAAUACCGUUCCGUUAUAAAAACUGCUUUAGCAUCCGCACCACAACAUCAACCACAAUAUCACGAAUCGAACAGAUUGGUAUUACCAUCAUUAGCAGGAACAGGAACAACACAACGUUAUUCCAGUACCGGAAAUAUGAUGGAUACAACUCUGGAAUGGUAUCCAACUACGGAAUACAGCAAUGGCAUUCCUGAAGAAAUUGGAGAAACCUGCGCAGCACGAUUAAUAAAUAUGGCGCAACGAGCACAGCAGCAGUUAGAUCAAAAACGAUUUCACUCUCCGCUUACUACUUCACCAGUUAAAGAAGCUACUGAUGCAUUGAUGUUGCUACAGGAAACAACUUCAUUUUAA